GCAGCUGGAUCCUUUAACCACCAUGGGAUCCGAUUCUCAACUACUGUGCCAAAUGAUCCUGACACACAUGAGGACUUCAUGCCCACUAAUAAGCUUCAGGAUUCUGACCUUUCUUUGAAGGACAUUGUUAAGCAGGAUGUCAAUGACAACCCUGUGAUGAUUUACAUGAAAGGAGUGCCUGAUCUUCCUCGGUGUGGAUUCAGCUCAUUAGCAGUGAGAGUGUUGAAAGAAUAUAAUGUUCCUUUGAGUGCCAGAAACAUAUUGGAAAACCCUGAGCUUAAGAAUGCUGUCAAAUCAUUCAGCAACUGGCCCACGUUUCCACAGAUAUUCAUCAAGGGGGAGUUUGUUGGAGGAUCAGACAUCAUUCUCAACAUGCACCAGACUGGCGAGUUGAAGGAAAUGCUUAAAGAUAUUGCAGCCAACCAGGAGAAUUAAGAGCAAGUUUAUCAUUACUGAACAUGUAGAGUCACCAAGGAAUAUAGUUAUCUUUGAUGAUGAAGAAUUAUGGGAUAUAAGCAUGUUCAGCUUUGAAUGUUUGUUGACGUGAUCCAAUAAUGUUUAGUUAAAGUACGGAUCCCAUUCCUUUGA